AUGAACGUCAAUGACUUUGUGAUACUCCCUGGUUCUAAGAUGGGAAUGUCUGUAAAACUGAAGGCAAAAAGUGUGCGAGAGUUGCAGUUGGAGAAGGUUCAGCUGGAACUUGACAAUAAAGAAAUGGAAAGCAAACUGCAGCAGCUUCAGUCAAACAUGAGCAGAGAGAAGCUCGAGAGAGAAAGAGCAAAUGGAUACCACUGGAAGUCUGGCCAGGCUGGCCUGGGCCUGCAGCCCCAGUUGUCGCAAAACAAAGGGAACACUGCAAAGAUUUCUUCAGGCAAAGUAAAGUUGAGAGUACUUAAGGAACAAACUCAAGUUCCAGAACCGGCUAAGCAGUUAGUUUCUCAUAGAGUUGCAAGUGCUGCGUCCACAGAAAAGCCAAAAGUUAAGGGAAAGCCAUGUGGCCAGUGUGAGACAAAGACUGCCUUGCUGGUGUGUUUGGACUGUGGAGAAGACUAUUGUCUGAGCUGCUUUGCCAAUGUCCACCAGAAGGGGGCACUGAAGCUCCAUAGAACGACUUACUUGCAGGCAAAAACACAUGUUCCGGUUGAGAAACUGCAGGCUGCUCAGCAGUUCCUGAAGAAAAUCUAUCCUGAUGAAUCUAAUGGAAAGAUAAAUUAUGAACACAAGAAAGGAGUUAAUUUCUUGGAGGAUCCGUCAGACCUUUCUUCACCUUUACCAAAAAUGCCAACACAUGAUAUAGAGGAGGCUUUUACAGUACCAACGGGAGUUACGUCCAAGUGCCAGACGGGUGGGUCUUUACUGCAUGGUACCUUUAGUGAAGAAGAGUCUGCAAAGUCUUUCCAGGAAGCACUAAAUCAGUGGAGAAGCAGAAAUUCCCCUCGAAAGCAUACAGAAGAACGUUGCUGUCAGGUUGGAUCGGAAAAUGCAGAAACCUGUGAGGUGCAAACAAGUCCUCCAAUUAUGAAAAAAACUAUGAAAAUCCAAUUCAAAGAGGAUAGCUUGAAAUAUAUGGAAAGAUUAUGGCUUAAGAAAUACAAAAGGACUCCACUUGAAAUGUUGCCAGAUGUUCUAGAAGAUGAACUUAAACCUGCCAGAUCUCUGAUAAAUGAAGCUCAUGAUACUUGGGUUGGAGAAGAGGAGGAUGAGGAAGUUGUAAAUGCUCAUUUAGCAGGUUUGAUUUUUUUUUAAAUUCCAGCUGAAGAGAUGAAAAAAUUCUGGGCAGAUGUUGAGGAAGAAGAGCCUGAGGCAGUUCCUGUAAACCUUGAGUCUUCUCUGAAAAUUGAGAUCCUUGAAGAUGCUUGCAAGGAGGAGCCUGAAGAAUCUGCCAGCGUUGUGAUUACAGAAGCUGGAUCUGAAGAGUUUGAUGACUACAGCGGUACCAUGUCAGAAAAUCACAAAACUGAACGAGGCAUUUUUCUGGCACAAGCUGUCGACAUUCCCACGAGGUCACCUCUUUUUUCUGCAGUUGACAAAGAAAAUGAUUUAACUUUUCUUCAUAAUAAACAUGAAGAACUUCCGGGAGCGAGCUCAACUUCUGUACAGUCGGAAAGAACGGAUGUCCUUCGUGAUCCUUCCAGUACAGAAGUUUCCAGCAUUCCUUAUGAAAGAGCUGCAACAAAAGAAAAGCCCACAGUAGUGAAAAAGGAUCGUUCCUGCAUGUCACCGGGGCAGAUUUCUAGUCGUCUCGAGUUGGCUCCUUGUGAAUCUUCCCCUCUGAUGGAAUUCCUUGAAGACUGCGAGGGAGCACCAGAGUUGAGGGACGUUUCAUCAGUAACUACCGAAUGCUCCAUGUUGUUGCAAGAAGUGGCCUUAAAAGAGAAACCUGUUUGUACCCCAUAUCGAGGACUUGAGGGGUUCUUUGCAAUGAGUACAAGCUCUCAGGAAGUCACGGCGGACUUGUUUCCUUCACCAUGCACGGGCAGGCAAUCUCCAAGCAAGGGCCUUUCGUUUUCAGGGUCUGACAAAUGGAUAAGGGACUUCAGCUUUAGUGAGUGUGCUGAUGAAACUGUAGUGCAGGAUGUCUUGAACCUGGAGCUUGCCAGGCCAUCAAGUAUGCUGGGACGACGGAGCCGAGAAAAGGCUAUUCCAAGGCCUUUUUCGUCAAACAAGCCCUGCUACAGAACUGCUGUGGAGGACAGCUCUCGUCCUCCUUCAGCCUUUCAGAGAGGACCCAGAAGUUCACGUGCUACACCUUUAUCUCGAGCUGCUUCUGAAAUUUCAGAAAUUGAAGACAUCGAUGUCACCGAGCACGAUGAUCCCUUCUUGGAAGAUAGCAUCGAUCAACAAGCUUUAGCAGAUUUAGAAAGCGAAUUGCAAGCUAGUGCAGGUCUUCAGGAGAAACUCAGUGGAGUCUUGUCAGAUUCACCUGCCUUCAACAGACAUUCAAAGGUGACAAGUCGCAGUUGUACAGCCCUUCAUAAUAACCAUGAAACAAAAGACUACAGUAAAAGUGAUACUAUAAGACUAUAUGAUGGUCAUACAGAUGAUGAAGAAGACCUUUGGCAGGACAAGCAGCAGGUGAUGGAGUUACGUUGA